CGCCCCAUGUGCCAAUAUGUAAGAGGUCCUCCAACCUACACAUCAACCACUUUCACCCACAAGUCUGUCGCGGCACAAAAGACUUUGAAACAAGGAGGUGACAGCUGCAGGCUACCCUGCCCCGGGGGGGUUGUUAUAUCAUUGCAAAAGGUGUCAAAUGCAAGAAGCAUCGCUGCAUCACGGAAAACCUCGAGUCAAAGGCUCUACACACACCGCCGAAGACCGACAGACUGACACAGACAGACUGGGACCCGCCGCGUUCCUCACUGGAGAUCAGUCUACCCAGCGGGCAUGGCUCAGUUCCCCGCGGUUGCGGUGGUACUGCUGCUAGGCUGCUGCGUUCGUGCGUGGGACUUGGAUAACUGUUGCUCCUGUCACGUGGUCCAAUGCGUUCCGGUCGGCAGCCUCGUCUUCGUGCCGUGCCCGAGUCCAUCGCUCCCGGACCCCGACAACGCCGAGGUGAGCUUCCGGCUCGACCAUUCAGAAGAGAUGGCGUCCUACGACUUCGACGGAUCGAAGCUUGACGCCGGGCUGGAGGAAAACGUGACAAUGGCAAAGAGACGGACGGGGAUCAGUGUCAAGAUGCACUUGAACACGACGGCGUCGGACGGGUGGGCGCGGUUCGCGCUCAUCGGGGUCGCCGCGGAGGACAGCGGCCUUUAUCGGUGCAGCGCCAAGGUCAUCUACCCCGCCCCCGUGUUGACCCUCUGCAACGCGUCCACAGUGGACCUCCGCCUGGAAGGGCGUGGAUUGGGUUUCUCUUUGUGCUCAGGGCACCAGUGCGAGGCCCCUGUGGUCUGUGGCCCCCCGGUCUCCGGGCCCCCUGAGUGUCUCUCGACCUGGAUCUGGAUCGGGGCGAUGGCCGCCCUGGGUGUGUAUGCCCUGCUCGUCACCGUCGUGGCCUCGGUCAAAAUUGUCCGGGUAAACAAAGACGAAUUGAACCAGAGUGAGUACAUGAACACCAAACGUGUGGCGUGCUGAGAAGAGGAUCACAAGGUCUUGAGCGGCUGUUGCAGCAGCCCUCCUGAUUGGUUCAUGCCUAGCCAAUCAGAGUCUUACCUAGCUUGUCUGACCAAUCAAACAAUAGACUUGGAGGAAUACAAAUUUUGAGGACUCAUUUGAACAAAGAUUCUUUCCUCCCCAAAAGUUGUGCUUUCCGCAGGGCCUGGACAAGCUUACACUGCAUAUACAGACCUACUUUAUGGUCAUUCCACCAGCCAUUGCUAUUUUACCCAUUGUUGUUAUUCUGAUAUUGAGACAAAUCCUGAUCACUGUCCUAUAGUCACCAUCUUUUGUGAGUCUCAAUGUCUACUUCAAAUGCCUUCAGAAAUAUGGGACCGUUUGCUUCAUUUUAUUUAUAUGCUACAGGCCGAAAGACUAAAUUAACAUGUAACUUACUUGCUCCUUUUAAGUAUAACAUUGCUUGGGGAGUCCAAUUCCUCCACUGAAAAGGGUGGAAACUAAAGCUGUGUUCGAAAUCGUUCCCUAUCACGGAUAUAGUGCACUAUAUAGGGUGCUUGCCAUUUUGUAGUGGUGUUCGAAUUCUCAGUGGUUAAUUUCAUGCACUAUUUAGUAGGGGUGGGAAAAAUAAUCGAUGCUUCGAUGCAUCGCGAUUCUCGCUAGAACGAUUCUGUCUCGAUGCAGAUAAAUUAAUAAUCCCCGGGGGGGGGGGGGGCGGGAGUAAACAUUUCAAAACACAAUGUAUCAGAAAGUGGGGGAAGCGAAUGUAUGAGAUGGUUGCUAUUGGUAGCUAUCAGCGUGUUGGCCCGCUACAGCUUCAUCUCAAUACCUUCACUUAAAUUAAAACCCUUGACACUUGGCUACCUGA